CAAAUUCCAACUGGAAUGCACACAUCCUUUGCUUCCAGGACCUUCCAGUAAUGAGUGAUCCACCACACUCAUCUACAAUCUAACUGCAGACUGCCUUCUGCGUGUCCCCAAAACCAGAGACAUGACCUGACACCCUGAUGACCACUCUCAGGGCCUUUGGGUGACUGGCCAGUGCACCAUGGAACUUAAAGUAUGGGUGGAUGGAGUCCAAAGGAUCGUUUGUGGGGUUACAGAAGUCACAACUUGCCAGGAGGUUGUAAUAGCCUUGGCUCAAGCUAUAGGUCGAACUGGAAGGUACACCCUUAUAGAAAAAUGGAGAGACACUGAAAGACACUUAGCACCUCAUGAAAAUCCUAUCAUCUCCUUAAACAAAUGGGGGCAGUACGCUAGCGAUGUGCAGCUCAUUCUGCGUCGAACGGGGCCAUCUCUCAGUGAGCGGCCCACUUCGGAUAGUGUGGCUCGGAUUCCCGAAAGAACUUUAUACAGGCAGAGUCUGCCCCCCUUAGCCAAACUGAGGCCUCAGGUGGACAAGUCAAUCAAAAGGAGAGAACCUAAGAGGAAAUCACUGACCUUCACAGGAGGUGCCAAAGGAUUAAUGGACAUUUUUGGAAAAGGCAAAGAAACUGAAUUUAAGCAGAAGAUGCUGAGUAAUUGCAAAACCACAGCAGAUGAGUUGAAGAAACUGAUCCGUUUGCAGACAGAGAAGCUUCAGUCCAUUGAGAAGCAGCUGGAAUCUAAUGAAAUAGAAAUACAGUUUUGGGAACAAAAAUAUAAUUCUAACCUUGAAGAAGAAAUCGUCCGCCUGGAGCAGAAGAUCAAAAGAAAUGAUGUAGAAAUUGAGGAGGAAGAAUUUUGGGAAAAUGAAUUGCAGAUUGAACAGGAAAAUGAAAAGCAGCUGAAGGAUCAACUUCAAGAAAUAAGACAGAAAAUCACAGAAUGUGAAAGCAGAUUAAAGGACUAUCUGGCACAGAUCCAGACCAUGGAAAGUGGCCUGGAAGCAGAAAAACUGCAGCGGGAAGUUCAGGAGGCACAAGUCAAUGAGGAAGAGGUCAAAGGGAAGAUCGGGAAGGUCAAAGGGGAAAUAGACAUUCAAGGCCAGCAGAGCCUGAGGCUGGAAAAUGGUAUUAAAGCUGUGGAAAGGUCACUUGGACAGGCCACCAAGCGGCUACAAGAUAAAGAACAAGAACUGGAGCAGUUGACCAAAGAGCUGCGACAAGUCAAUCUCCAGCAGUUUAUCCAGCAGACAGGAACAAAAGUCACCGUCCUGCCAGCAGAGCCUAUUGAGAUAGAAGCCUCCCAAGCAGACUUAGAAAGGGAGGCGCCAUUCCAGUCUGGGUCCCUGAAGCGACCUGGUUCAUCUCGGCAGCUCCCCAGUAAUCUUCGUAUUCUCCAGAACCCUAUCUCAUCUGGUUUUAAUCCUGAAGGCAUAUAUGUAUAACAUUGUCUGUCUUUAGGGGAGAGAUCCAAUAAAGGUACCAAGGACUGUAGCGUUCUUUCUUCAAUUUGUGCCAAUGAUGAACAGAGGAUGUAUUUCACAAGCCAAUGUAUUUUUUUUUUUCUUUCCUAAAUUUCAUACCACUUGGAGCCAUACUCUGUGCACUGAUGCUAAAGAACAAAGAAACUGUUUUCAUGUGUCAACAGUAUUGACAUCUUUGUCCAGCAGCUGUAAUGCAAAGCCUUCAUUUUUAUGUCUAGCAUUUUGACAUCAUUAGGAAAGUAUUAUACUAUGUAUGUACAUAAAUAAACCAUGAACUAAGAGUAAAGAGAAUUAUGUGACUGGCUUAGUUUAAUUUAUUCCAUGUAACUGAUGAUGUGAAUGUUGAUGUUUUAAUAUUUUUGUUAAUACAUAUCCUGUGACUUAAUUGUGUUACAUAUUGCGCGAUUAUAACUUUGUGUGCAUGUUGCCAGACUUCACCCAUGCAUCACUAAUUUACCACUGCAGAAGUGUGGGGAGCUCCACCACCCACACUAACUCCAGAAGAACCCACUGUGUUUCAUUUAUGAACCUGUCCUAGCCAUUGCUUACCUAGAUAAAGUAACUGAGAUUUCUUUUUAAUGUGGACUUUAAUCUUUCUGUACAGCAUUUCCAGUAUAUGAGUGACCACGUAACAUAACAGAAAUAUUAUUUUCAUGAGUGAAAUUGCUCAUAUAAAAGGUUUUCAAUCUUUCAUAUGCUGUUGAACAAAACUGUGUUGGAUAUCUAUCCAAGUGGGCAUGCGGUUUCCUAACACCUUCUGUGAUUUGUUUAAGCCCUGCCGUAUCGUUUAUUGCCAUGGAUCCUCAGAAUUAAUGUAAUACAUGAAUUAUAGAUACCUGAGGAUCAGAUUGGUACACUUUGGGAUGCCAGUGAUAUUCCAAAUGCUAAAUUAUUUUUAAUUUUUCACUAAUAUUUGUAGUACAUAAUGACUGCAUUCAUCUUGGGGGCUAUAUUUUAAAAUAACCCACUUAAUAAGUAUGCUCUUGUUGGCAUACACACCACUGGGUAAGUUAUUCUUCGUACAUAACUCAUGCUCUUGUGGGCUAUUGUGCUUUCUCCAGUCACUUAGGGGGAGAAGAGAUUGGAGUUAGGUACAUUUUACUGAGGAAAUAAAAUUAAACUCAGAGUAUAUUUUCUUUUUUAGGUUUGACUUUUAUAGGAUAUUAAUCUCCAUUUGUACAUAUGUUGUUUUAUUUAUAAAAUCAAAAUGAGUCAACACCUAUCCCAUGAGUGGUAACUUAACUAAGAUUCACAAGUAAUGUUUAGACAGAUACUGUCAGACAUCUCAUAGCCAUUUUUACAUUCCCUCUGAACAAAUUUGGUACAAUGUAAUUAACAUUUUGAUCUGAAAUUUAAGGUAGUUUGUCAUUUUGAACAAAAUAUAUUCUCCGUAUUAUUUACAUGCAACAAAAUAAAAGUGGAUUAACAUAGUAAUGCCAUGGUAACUAUAAAGAAAUAUGUCUUAUGCAUGAAGGCAACUUUGGAUGUUUCAGCACAUUUGACUUAUUUUUGGUUUAAUGAAUGCCAGGAAUGCUGCUUUAUUUAGGUUACCUAUGAGAAAUUUUAAGAAUGGCUAUGAAAAUAUGUAGAAGCUUCUAGAAAACUGAAAGCAAUGCAGUGUUGCCUUUUGUAGUCCAGGUAAAUAAUAGAUGUCAACUGAAAAUAUUUUCUUUGGAUUCCUGGAGUUAUCAAAUUGAUCUUGCCAUUAUACUACUUUCCAGAUAACUUGAAAAAUAUUAAAUGAUUCUUAUCUACAUAAUCACAACCUGUACACAUUUCAUUUCCUCUCAAUUUAUAAUAAUUUCAUAUCUACAUAAUUCAAAUUAAGAUAUUUAAAAACCAAAAUAAUUUGUAGCCUUUGUGAUAAUAAUGAUAUAUGUAUGCCCAAUAUAUGCCUUAUUUUUAAAGGGUCCUAUCCUAUGCUGAGUCAUUUUGUUGUUGUUCAGAGAAAUUCAAACCUUAUUCACAAAGAAAAACAUUUUAUAAAUUCAUUGUAUUCUAUUUAAAUGAAAAUGCUGAACUGUAGUUACGUUAAACUUUGUGAUUAAUUGCAAAGAUGCCUUAGUGUGUUCCAUGAAAAACACAGCAUCAAUAUCUAACUAACUUAUUGUAACUUAGUAGAAUCUGCAUAAUAAUUUUAAAGAAAACAGGUACCAUUCUGUCAACUUGUAAUAGUCGGGAUUCUCCAGCAGUCUCAGAGCUCAGCUCUCUGACAACUUCACAGGAUUUCCAAGCUGCCAGAUAAUCUUCAUAGAUGUAACUAUACACAGAGAUACUGUUUCCCAGAUGGGAAGAGUAUAUAAAUGUAAAUUAAUGAAUACUCUGAGCAGCUGUACUUUUUAAUCAGUUAGAUUACUUUUGGAAGCACAUACGUAAGGAAUAUUUUUUAAAUCUAUUUUUAAAAUAGAAAAAAUUCAUUUCCAUAGGAGCAUCUUAAAAUAUUUUAGUCUCUUUGUGAUCAUUUUUACCUAUUGUGAAUACAAAUAAGCUGGUUUAAGUGCCACAUCUUUGGAUACAUUUUGGAGUGGGGAGCCGGCAAUGGUAUACAAAAAUACCAAAUAAAAAAUUUUGCAGUGGGGGAAAUACUCAGCUUCUAAAUAAUAAAUUACAAAUUUCUGUGUUUUUUUAGUCACACAGUAAUUUUCUACAAUAUUAUAUAUACUAAAAAUAGUUUUUGUUUUUGUUUUUUACCAAUGAAUAAUCUGAAAUAGCAUUGGUCUUUUUGAUCUCUCAAGUAUCAUUAUCCUCAGAGAUGGGUUGCCUUUUUUUUCUUUAUAUUUUGGCCUUUUUGCAUUUCUUUUUUAAUCUUAAUGCACAGAAUAUUUUUUAUAUGUGAGGCUUCAGUUUUAUCAGUAGAAGUUACUCUCUUAAUUCCCAAUCAUCAGUGAGAAAAUUGUCAAUUCCUGUAGCUGAAAUUAGUCAUAAAUGAACUAAAAUAAGACUGAUGGAAUAAAAAAUAUACAUAAUACUAUAAAAUACAUAACAACUUAUGGUGUGAUAAGUAAAUUAUAGCAAUGUAUAAGAAUAAAUGAGCCCUUGCUUCCACAAUAAAAACAAAAUGUACUCCUGCAUUAAGACAGCUUUCUUUGUGAAUAAGAGCAAAAUAGUCUUCAAAGGAGGUAACUUCAUUUAAAGCCAUUUCUGUGAACCCCUUUCCAAGUUAGGAUGUAAUGAAUUGAGGAAAUAAUUUGAAAAAGGCAAAUACUUGAUUUCAGGCCCAAAAAGGACAUGGGCAGAUAGGCAAUUAGCAUUGUACAUUGCCUUUGAGAACCUGGGCCUUAAUUUAUAUAUAUGUAUAUAUAUAUAAUGGCACUGUGUUCUUCUACCUUCAGUUGUCUGUAUUAGUCUAUAUUAAAAUUUAGCGCGUAAGUAUUAUUUUUAUAUUCUGUCAGUUUUUUAAGUUGCAUGUUUAUACUGUUUGCCACAGUGUUUUUGAGUUGUAAGUGAAGGCUGUCAGCUGUAUCAAAAAGACACAACAAUCACUAUUUAUUCUAGUCUUGCUGCUUUACGUUUCCCGGUCAAGCUUUUGAUGCCAGGACAGUGACUGCUGAAAGCUGCAGGAGCUCUUUCCAAUGCAUUUUAUAUAUUUUUAGAAACCAAAUAAAUGCAGAUAACUAUUUAGUAUACUAAUUAUAUUAAACCAGCAGAAAUAUAAAGGCAAUAAAGUAUAUACAUAUAUAUGAGGGGAGGGAAAGAUGAAAAUUAUAGAUUUACAGCCAGACAUGGUAAUAGCCCUAAAUGUAUCUCUUAAUGACUUCCUUCACUGACCCUAGGAGGAUUUGAGUUGCUGCAGCUUUAAACAGAAAAUUGCCACGUUCACUAAUUGUGGGCCAUAAAUAUGCUUUUAGUACUGCUUUGCUUAUGUACAAAGAAAAUAUCUGUAAUAUGUACUGUAUGUAACUAUUUUCUUUUGACUUUCAUUUCAAAAUGAAUAUUUUCUGAUUAUUAUCAUGAGCUGUAAAGCAAAAGAUCAAUAUCUGAUAUUCUCCCAAAUAAUAAAUUUUCAGGAUUCAUUGGGGCA